AUGUUUAAACAACAAAGUAAUGGAGGAGUGGAUAUUUUAAAGAAAAGAGAUAAGGAUGAAGAUGAAGAAAGUGAUGAUAAAAAAUCCAAAUUUUCAUUUGAAAUACCAAAACCAAUAUAUCCUCCAAGAAAAGAUAUACCAUUUUUACCAACUAUAGAUAUACAUAAUUAUACAAUGCUUACAACUGUUAUAAAAAUUAAACAAAAUAUACCAUUUUCAAUAUAUAAUUUAAAUCAAAAAUCUUUUAAAGAUGAAGAUGGAAUUGAAAGAUAUUCAAAUAGAUUUACAAAAGUUAAAGAGAAAACAACAUCUAUUGAAUUAAAAUUACCAGGUAUUAAAUAUGGUUAUUUUCCAUACGAUUUGGUAGUGAAUAAAAAGAAACCAAAAAAGAAAGCACUUAUAAAUACAAAAACAUUAGAUGGAUUACAAAAAGAAGAGGAAGAAGGAAAGGAAGGGGAAAAUGAAGAGGAGGAAGAGGAGGAAGAGGAGGAAGAAGAAGAAGAUGGUGAUUAUGGUGAGGAGGUAGGUGUAGAUGAUGAUGAAGAUAUGGAUGAUCCUGAUGAAGGUGGUGAUGGUGAGCCUGAUUUCUAA